CCGAGGCGAUCUUCCCCGCGCAAGCCCUAACGGAGCCGUUUGCCGCCGAGCGUUACCCCGGCCCAGUUGCUCCUGCAGCCACCACCCCUCUAGACCUAAAAAUAAGUCCCGAUCCUGGGUCCCUACCCACCCCGCCAGCCUCCCCCUGCCCUGGGGGUCUCCGAGGCGGCUCAGGCCCCAGGGCCUCGGUCCAAUUAGCCGCCAGUGGGAGCCCCCGCCCUUCCUCCGCCACUUAAAGUGCGGUGGGGUCGCCUCGGAGCACGUCCUCGCGCGAAGAGCAGCGGUUCUAGCAACAGCCUCUUCCUGGCGGGUUUUUUUUUUUUUUUUUUUGGCCUGUUUUUUUCGUCCCAGUGAAUUUGGAGCAGCUUUGCUUUGCAUUUGACUCCCGUCACUGCUGUAGUAGCCGGCUCUCCUGCAGAGCCGCUCCGGCCCGUUUGAGGCUUCCUCAGGUGGCGCAGCUCGCGGGGUGCGGCUCCGGGCCGAGGCAGGGGAGCGCGGCGGGGGCACCAUGCCUGCCACCUUCUUCGGGCGCUGCCUGGUGCGCCUGCUGCUGCUGCUGCUCUGCACCAGCCUCUCGGGCGGGAACUCUGCAGAUCCAGCUAUGACAACACAAGAUUCCAAUCAGACUCAGGUGAAUUCUGUGACUAAGAUGUCCGUGACUGGACAUGAAUCAUCUGAUGCUGCCACGCAAGAGUUCAAGCCAGGAAACAAGCUGAGCGUUGAUCUCUCAGAGUAUGUGAUAGUCCUGCCUGGUCCAUCUGAAAAAAAUAUCUCUGUGGCCAGUCCAACUGAAGUUGAUCUUACAUGCAAAUUAGAUGAGAAUUCCAAUUUGAAAAAUCCUCAAGUGACAUGGAAAAAGGGAAGUGAAACAAUCAGUCACACCAGUAAAGCUCCAAACAGCUGGACCAUCAAAGUGACCAUCUCAGAGAGCAGUCACCUGGGAAGUUACACUUGUUUUCUGAAGGCUGAAAAAGAAAUCAGUGCUACAUUUCAUUUGAGUGUACCACCUAUAGAUGGAAGAGAAAAACCCGUAAUCGCUUAUAUAGGAGAUACAGGUGUAAUGGUUUGUAAAACCGAGUAUCAUCCCAGGGCUUGGAAGUGGUUUAUGACCAAUGGAACCGAGCUGGCUUCCAUUGAUAAGGUUUUGCCUAAAGACAAGUAUGAAAUUCUGAGCCGAUCUGCCAGUGAAAGCCGUUUGGAGAUACACAAGCUCACUGUGGCAGAUACUGGCGAAUAUUGGUGUGAAGCUGAUUUUGUAUUAGGGCCCAGUAAAGCGAGGUUUGAAGUUAGAGUUCUGUCCGUCGCAGAACCUCUCAAACCCUUUAUAGCAGUUGUGGCUGAAGUUGCUAUUCUUGUAACUCUUAUUGGACUCUAUGAGGUGUAUUCAAAGAAAAGGAAAGCAAAAGGAGGUGAAAAAGAAUUUGACCAAAUUGAGCAACUUAAAUCGGGAGACAACGUAACUGAGAAAGACAAGUAGUUCUAUGCAGAGAGUGAAGGUUCCUUUAAAGGAGAUUUAAGCCAAUAGAAGUAGAAAUCAUCAUAAAGUUACAGAAGAUGUAUGCAGCCACUUAAACAUUCAGUAUAUUUUGAAGUAAAAUCCUCUACAUUUGAGAAACAAGAUGUUUUUAAAAUAGCUCUGAAACUACUCAUUUUGUACUGAUGAUAAUACAAUGUAUUGUAUUUAGAUGUUUAUCUGUAACACUUUACUGCCAGCAGGGCAUUUUUUUGUGAUUAGGCUUGCUGUUGGUUUAUGAUUGAUCUGUUUGAUUUUUAUCUCCCAAAUUUGAGCUAGUGUUGUAUUCAUUGAAAAAAUGGUUAAUAUAGAGUGGUUAUAUUAUCUGAGUGUUAUAAAACUGGAUAUGUACAAUCAAAAAAGUAUUCCACCAAAGAAAAUGCCUUUUACUAGCUGAUGAAGCAAAUGUGAUGCAGCUGUUUUUACCAAAGAAAUGGUGAAAGGGGAGUCUUUAUCAGGACUUAAAUGAAACAUUGAGAGAGUUGCAAUUGCUGUGAAUAGUAAAAUGUGUUCAUUCUAAUUUAUCUUAGCUUUAUUCUUAGUUCUACUAUAUUGUAGUCCUCAAUAGGCUAAACAUUUAGAUACCAUAUAGCUCAGAUAUUUCAGAGUUGAUGAAAGAAGUAUUGAGGAAACAGUACCUUCUCAGACUAAAACUGGAAUAAUUCCUUAUGCUUGAAAAACUUAACUGCACUCUGUGGGUCUGCAAAAUCAGUUUGGUUAUUAUAGUUUAUAUGGAGUGCCUAAUUUUCAGGAAUAUACCUGUAUAAGCUUCUGAUCAUACACUGUCUAGUUGGUACUUCUGCUUCUUUCAGCAAGCUGUUGUUUCUCACACUCCUUGCAAAGCACAGAGUGGGUCUUGAGCAGCUAAAAUUUUCAGGAUAAUAGGAUGAAGCAGCAUAAAUACAUACCACUACUACUCUUACACAAAAAAUUUAACGCUGCUGUUAAUGACCUACAGUAUCUUAUGUGACUUACAUACUUUAGAAGAGUGUGUUGCCAUAAUACUGUUUAGUUAUAUUAUGCAUUCAGCAAUUGAAAAUGUGUAGCUAAUAAGAAGACAGUUGGUUGCAUCAGUUGUCUUUGCUUGAAGUAAUUGAAGCUUCAAUUUUGAGAGGAGGAAGUCAUCAGAAAAAUAUCUUUUCUCCAUAAAAAUGUAAGGAAAAAGACAGCACUUGCAGACUCCAUAAGAAAGUGAAAGAAAAAAAAAUACACAAUACUUCUUUGUAUUGGUCAUUUUUCUUUGAACAUAAAGGAAUGUAGAAAAAAAUAGAUAAACCAAAUUUAAUUUCCUUCCUUGAUUUUUUUUUCUAUUUUACUGUUCUUAGGGGUUUGAAAAAUAUCAGAAAUCCUAGCAUUGGCUGUUUUGUUGGAAAUAGGAGAUAAAAUCCAGUGUGACAUAGGCUUUUUUGUUUUCAUAAUUUAUUUUCCAGUUUCAAGAACUACAAGUUAAGGUCCAAAUAAGACACAAUGAGAAUUAUAAAACCAUUGGGUGAUUGACUGUAAGGAGUGGACACUGAUAAAGAUUCCCCUUGCUUAGAUACUGUGUUUAUUGUAUUUUGCCUUGGACUUUCUAUGAACUAUUAAAACCAGAAUGCAUCUACAGUUUUUUAUAUUAAUUUCUCAUUGAUAUAAUUGAUACUUUUAUUGCAGCAAGUAAGUGUGGGCAGUUUUAAAAUGUUUACUUCUGGUAAACAUUCGUAAAUUUUUUGGCACAUUUCAGAGUUUGUAGUAAUGUGUUUCCUGUAGGCAGUUAAAUAGUAAAAAAGAUAGUUUUACUUUAGAGAGCUAAGAAUUACAUUCUGAAUAAAGCAGUAUUAGUAUAUUUUGCAAUGGAAAUGAGGCUAGAUACUGUCUGGAAAGAAAACCUGCCAGUUAAUCAAAAAUGGUAAUCUUUCUGCCUUCAUGUAGCAUUCCUACCUGAUCUUGCAGUUGGGCUGUAAAGUCUUCGCUAACAUAGGCGACUUAUACAGAGAGAGAAUUUUUUGGCAUUAGCAGGGAAAACCUGGAUUAAGCAUGGAUUUUGGAAGCAGCACAUCUUAGAUCUUUUAAGACUAUAUAAGCUUGGUCAGACUGGCUGCUGAAACUAUGGCUUUGCCUUGACCUGCCUCUAGCAUGUUCUCCUUACUUUUUCUAAGGGGUUUGGUGUUUAUUUUUAGGUUGGUGAGUAGUUUUUCGUCAUAAGAGGUUUUACUCUAUGCAUGUUCUCCUAGGUUUAAAUCCUUCUGGGCUGCCCUGUGGAGGGGAAGAACAAACAAUAUUAAAUGGUAAAUAUUAAGUAAUUGGCAUAAUUAAUGGUCAGCUUCAAUGGCAUAACCUCUGCUUUCUUGCUCCAGUUACCACCAGAAGCUCUGGAAAUCUUGAAAUUUAUCUUUUGAGAAGUAUGUGUUGUGUAUGUUCAAAACAUUCCCAGUGUAGUUGCUUUAUGAUCUUAGCAUUGAAUAGAACAAAAACUUCAUAACUUUAAAAAACCUUAAAACUCUAGGCAGUGAUUUUUGUUUUUUUUUUUUUUGUUUUUUUUUUUUACUUCAUUCAAGCCAGGAGGUGCCAAAUAAGAUCCAAAAAAUUUGUGAAAUUUGUUUCAAACAGCAGUUGGAGCUAAGUGUAAGGAUCCACAGAAUUGGUUUUAAUAACAAAACAUUAACAGGCUUACAUUGGUAGACUGAAUCUUAACUACAACUGUUAGGCAAAUUUUGUCUUCCAAGAUUAAAACCUUUUCUUGCAAGAGGGGAUAUUUUACUGGAUUUUAGACCAGCAAAAGCCUUACCAGUUUCAUAGCGGAAAAGGUUGAAAUCUGCAAAAGAAUCCUGAAGGCCCGUUUCCUAACAGUUUAAGCUGCUACACUGCAAAUUCUUCCUGCCCUUAAGUCCAAAGUAGACACAAAUAGCUGUGAGACCAAAUUCCUAGUGAAGAUGGGGGUUCAAAUAGAACUGCAUUAAUAUUUCUUUAGUAUGGAGACCUAAGCAUUACCCUGCAGUUGUUCAGCAAAAUUGAUUAGCUGUGGUUCCUUUGAUUCACAUAAUCUGGGGAAGAGAGGGACAGCUCAUCAGUACUGAUGUUGCUACUGGAAUCAGCACCUGUGUGCCUCUGACUCUUUUUCGGCCAGAAAUUUAGGUUUAUAUUCUGCCUUUAAAUUGUGCCUCGGAGCCUUUGAAUAGUUGACUGAGCAAUGAAACAUUGCUGAGCAAUGAAAAUUGAAAAGAAACUGAUUAGUACAUUAGGGGCAGGGGAGGUUUUUGAGAUGCAUGGCACCCUAAGUGUUGAGCUACCUAGCACGUGUUGUCUCACUACAAUUAGCUGCAUGAUGAUUCAGUUCUAGCUGGAAGCUCCCCUGAAACAGGAAGGUGUGGAUAGUGAGGAAGCAACUAGAUGUGAGGACAUUUGAGGAACAUGGGAAGGAAUGGCAUUGUGGUGUUGUGUAGGGUCCUGAGGGACAGAAAGCAGAAGUUGAGGUGACUUACAAUUAGACAUGUACAGGGAAGACUGAAUGCAAAUCUGUAGGAGAAAACAUGUUUUCAGUUGUACCACUCAGACUGUGUAGGAAGUUUUGUACAGCAGCUCAAAACAAUCUGCCGUUGCUGAACGCUUGGACAGAUGAAAGCACAAAGCUAAAUGAGAUAUCUCAUAAAGAGAACCAGAAGUUACAUGCUUAGAAAAUACUUCUCUACUAGUUUAACAGUUUUGUAGUCUUGUUACUUCAAUAUGCUAGAAUGUGCAUAAUUCUUUGUGAAAAAAUAAACCACCAAGUUCCAAACUUUACAGCUUCUAAUGGGAGGUCUUGAUUUGUCAAAAUUUACUGUUGGUAAUUGAGUUCACCUAUGUAGUUGUAUAAUGUUUGUUCUGUCAUACCCAAAAUUCUGCCCAAAAACUUCCUUACAGAAACUUCAUCUGCUUUUUUUUUGUGUUCAGCUUUAUAUUUAACCAAAGAGAUUUUGUGGUUUUUUAUUACUUAGUAUGUUUCUAUCAACUAAUUUGCUGAAUUAUUUUCAGAUAGAUACUAAAAGUUAGCAGUGCCUUGAAGGAAGAUGUUUGUUUACCAUAGUCAAUUUUGUUUUUCACAAUAUGUUUGUUAAAAGUUUUCCUCUGAAACUUGACAGCAAAAUCUGUUUGUCUAGUAAAGGACUACUAAGCCUAAUGCUUCUUUCACACUUGCCUUAUUUUACAUUCUGAUUUUAUAUUCUGUGCUCACAUGACUGUUCCCUUGUAUUACUUAAGCAAAUGGAAAUACCCUGUUUGUUUGAUACAUAUCACAUAAUGAGGAUGGUAGUUACGAAUAGUAUGAAUUGAUAUGUAUAUUUUGAAAUAAUUUCAAUAAGUAUGACCAUAAAGUGAUGGUGAUCUGAUGCCUGGUGUCAUAGAGAAACAAAAACUCCGUAACAAAAUCAAACUCCUCUUUUUUAAAUUUUUUUUUUAAUUUAUUUACUUCUCCAUACCCUCAGAUCUUUAGACCCAGACUUCACAUUUUCUUGAUUACCCAACUGUCUUUACUAGAUCUGUAACAUUCUAGAUGGAAAUUCCCAAAGAUAAAUAAAAUCCAAGUAAUUCCUUUUAAAAUGCA